AAAUAAUUUUAUGUUAGUAACGUUAAGUUUACUACUACUAGCAAAUAUUUAAUUAUACUUCCUUAUUUUAUCUUGUUAGAAGAAUAUGUUUAAGAAAAUGUAUUUGCCAUAUAUAUUAUUGUUUGUGAUAUUGUUUGUAUCAUCCAGCUAUGGUGCUCCGACUUCUGUCAUUCCAUGCAAAGCUGACGACACCAAGUGUCUGAUAACUGCCACCCAACGCUUUUACCAGAAAUUGCUGGUCGGUGACAAGAGUCUUGGAGUAGAACCCCUAGAGCCAAUGGUACUGGAAGAGAUCGAUGGCACCCAAACAAUUCUUAAGUUCAAAAUGACAGACACAAAAGCAACUGGUUUUGAUAAAUGUCAAGUAAAGGAUGUGAAACAUGAUAAGGCCCAAAUGAGUUUAGUGAUAAAAAUGUCAUGCCCGCACCUAGACAUUGCUGGUACCUACGAGAUGGACGGAAAACUGAUCGUUCUUCCUGUACAAGGCAAGGGCAAAUACUCGCUUGCUAUGGAUGUAUACGAUUCUGUUCUAACUUUAUCAUACAAAAUUGUCACUGAUGACAACGGUAAACAACAUCUUAGCAUCAAAUCGUACCAAGCCGAGGCAGUGCCGAUAAAAGGAGUCAAAUUUAAUUUUGAAAAUAUGUUCAAUGGCAAAAAAGAAUUGGCGAGUACUGUGCAGAAAUUCGCAAAUGAAAAUUGGAAGGAAGUGACUGUUCAAUUUCAGGGUCCAAUAAUAUCGACUGCCUUCAAGAAGUUAGUGAAGAAUGCAAAUAAAUUCUUGAAAGCCAUGGCUAUGGAUACGGUAUUCUUGAACUAAAACCAUGUUACAUUUUAACCCACUCAUUCAUAAAGAAGUUAAAAAUGGCUUAGAUAAAAAAAAUCUUUUAUUUUCACAAAAAAUGUAUUUUACUAUUUUACGAAUAAGGAGGUAAGAUCAUUGUAACAAAGUUUUAAAAAGGUGUUUCCAUUAAAAGUUAUUAAAUUA